UCUGCGGCACCACAUUCAACUAACCGAGGAAGAAAAACAAUGGCGAACCGAAAAGGGCUGUAAAGUAAGCCAAGUGUUAUUAUUGUCACAUCUUUGCGUCCUCGUCGAAAUGUAAAAUGUGAAACCGUCGAGUCGGUCUAAGUGUUACCAAUAUAAGCAGUGAACCUGCCAAACGUCAUUUUUAAUAAGGCUAGCCAGGCAGGUAACGUGACGUUCGUACUGUUCUUUCUCGACGAGGAAACCCUACUUAGUUGAUGUAUAUGCCGCAGUUUAAACCCUAUUUAGUUGAUCAUAUGCCGCAGGUUAAAGUUGACAUGUUCCGUUAAGUUCGCUCGGAGGCAGCAGGAGAGAGAAGACGGCAGAAUGACAGAUGAUGCCGUCUUGCUGGAGGUACCUGUGGUUCGCCAGCUUUACCACUGGGACUGUGGGCUCGCCUGCUCCAGAAUGGUCCUCAGGUAUCUGCAUCCCAUCAGCGAUGAGGAGUUUCAGAGGGCAUGCGGAGAGCUGAAGAUGACAGAGAGCGUGUGGACUAUUGACCUGGCCUACCUCAUGUGCCAUCUAGGAAUCAAGCAUUGCUUCUACACGCAGACACUGGGCGUUGAUAAGGGCUUUAGGAAUCAGUCAUUUUAUAAGAAGCAUUUUGAUAUGGAAGAAGAUCGAGUCAAUGAGCUUUUCCUUGAAGCAGAAAACAAUGGUGUGCUGGUAAAGAAAUGCUCUGUGACAAUUCAGGAAAUUGAGUCCCACCUGGAACAGCGUCACGUCGCCAUCGUGCUCAUCAAUGCUGUCAUCUUGACAUGUGAACUCUGCUCUGCACCUGUCAAAUACUGCUGCUUCCUCCCUGUGGGCCAGAAGUGUUUCUGCAGGAAGCCAGAGUACCAGGGUCAUUUUGUGGUAGUGCGCGGCUUCAACAGGACCACUGGCUGCAUUUUGUACAACAACCCUGCAUAUUCUGACCGUGUCUGCUGCACCACCGUCACUAACUUUGAGGAGGCUCGAAAGAGCUACGGGACAGACGAGGACAUUCUCUUUAUCUUUAAGGAGAGCUGAUUAACUGUCGGUUGACAUUAUGGAAGUUGACAACUUCCUCCUUUGGUCCAGAUCCUGUUUGGCCAUCCUCAUCGGUGCUAUUGGGUCCAACACGUCACACUAAGAAGACUCCAUUACUUUAUUCCCCUUUAUACAGCCAACACCACUUAGCCUGGACUCAGUUCAGGAUUGAACUGAAUAGGUAAUGCUGAAUUGUUUUAUAUUGUAUUUGAGUGUUUAACUAUGAAUUUUUAAUUGUUUAAUUAUGUGUUGUUGUUUUUUUUUUUAAACUUAAGCGGAUUAAGAGAAAGUACAAUACAGAGGUACCUUGGUUUUUGUUAGUAAUCAGAAUUGAAUGAAAACUGAAUCAUUUUUCCCCCUAAGAAAAAAUGUAGAACCAAUUAAUCUAUUACAGUCAAAAAUAUGAACACAUUUUAUGGCGUUUUACAUGCAGAAAACGUUGCAGAAUCAAAUGAAAUGAUCAUUGAAAUGAGUAAAAGAAUGUUUGCAGAGGCCAACACAUGGAAUUCUGUGGGCACUCUGAAACAACUCGGGCAAACAAACUACCGUAUUUUCCGGAGUAUAAGUCGCUCCGGAGUAUAAGUCGCACCGGCCGAAAAUGCAUAAUAAAGAAGGAAAAAAACAUUUAUAAGUCGCACUGGAGUAUAAGUCGCUUUGGAGUAUAAGGCGCACCGGCCGAAAAUGCAUAAUAAAGAAGGAAAAAAACAUAUAUAAGUCGCACUGGAGUAUAAGUCGCACUGGAGUAUAAGUCGCACUGGAGUAUAAGUCACACCGGCCGAAAAUGCAUAAUAAAGAAGGAAAAGAACAUAUAUAAGUCGCACUGGAGUAUAAGUCGCAUUUUUUGGGGAAAUUUAUUUGAUAAAAGCCAACACCAAGAAUAGACAUUUGAAAGGCAAUUUAAAAUAAAGAAUAGUGACCAACAGGCUGAAUAAGUGUACGUUAUAUGAGGCAUAAAUAACCAACUGGUAUGUUAACGUAACAUAUUAUGGUAAGAGUCAUUCAAAUAACUAUAACAUAUAGAACAUGCUAUACGUUUACCAAACAAUCUGUCACUCCUAAUCGCUAAAUCCCAUGAAAUCUUAUACGUCUAGUCUCUUACGUGAAUGAGCUAAAUAAUAUUAUUUGAUAUUUUACGGUAAUGUGUUAAUCAUUUCACACAUAAGUCGCUCCUGAGUAUAAGUCGCACCCCCGGCCAAAUUAUGAAAAAAACUGCGACUUAUAGUCCGAAAAAUACGACAGUUUGUUUUGCGCAAUGUGUGGUCGGACAAAAAAUGAGGGAAAUAUUUUGGCCAAGAUUUUUUGUCGGAUCACAAAAAGUGAGGCGUUUGAAAACUGAGGUACCCCUGAUAGAUGAAUUGUGACAAGUGACCUAAAAUAGGAGUUUUCAGGAAGUAGUGGGUACACUUUUUAUUCAGGUCUUCUUCUUACAUUACUCGCUUUAUUCAAAGUCAUUUGUGUUAGAGCUUCAGCACUACUUUUGGAAAAAGUCACUUUGUGUCUCACUUGUUCACCAGAUGAGAACGUGUGGAGCUUUGAAAGUCUCAGGUAAUUCAAUUCUACCUUUGCAAAGAUAAUAAUGCUCAGUUUGGAAGGAUGCUAUCCCAUUUCUACAGUAUAUGUGUAUUAAUGCACUGCAAUAGUAAGAGGUGUUUCCAGUAUUUGUCUACAUGAGAGGGUGAAAGUACAAAAUCCCAAAACAGUGAAGUUGGCAUGUUGUGUAAUUUGUAAAUAAAAUCAGAAUACAAUGAUUUGCAAAUCCUUUUCAACUCAUAUUCAAUUGAAUAGACUGCAAAGAUAUAACUCCUGCUGGAAACACGCUGGUCGUCUCCUUACAGGUCAAUGCUGUGCACAGCAGGGUUGGGGAAAUAGUCCGAGUUGCAGCCAUGUGUGGAGUCAACAUGGUCUGCUUCCAGGAGACCUGGAGUAAGUGACAACAUGAUUUGGAACUAAACAUGUACAAAACCCAAAACUAGUGAAGUUGGCACGUUGUGUAAUUUGUAAAUAAAAACAGAAUACAAUGAUUUCCAAAUCCUUUUCAACUUAUAUUCAAUUAAAUAGACUGCAAAGACAAGAUAUUUAAUGUUCCAAAUAAGAAACUUUUUUUUUUUCAAAUAAUCACUAACUUAGAAUUUAAUGGCAGCAACACAUUGCAAAAAAUCGGCAAUUUUACCACUGUGUUACAUGGCCUUUCCUUUUAACAACACUCAGUAAAUGUUUGGGAACUGAGGAGACACAUUUUUGAAGUGAAAUUCUUUCCCAUUCUUGCUUGAUGUACAGCUUAAGUUGUUCAACAGUCCGGGGGUCUCCGUUGUGGUAUUUUAGGCUUCAUAAUGCGCCACACAUAGGUCUGGACUACAUACAGGCAGGCCAGUCUAGUACCCGCACUAUUUUACUAUGAAGCCACGCUGUUGUAACACGUGGCUUGGCAUUGUCUCGCUGAAAUAAGCAGGGGCGUCCAUGAUAACGUUGCUUGGAUGGCAACAUAUGUUGCUCCAAAACCUGUAUGUACCUUUCAGCAUUAAUGGUGCCUUCACAGAUGUGUAAGUUACCCAUGCCUUGGCCACUAAUACACCCCCAUACCAUCACAGAUGCCGGCUUUUCACCUUUGCGCCUAGAACAAUCCGGAUGGUUCUUUUCCUCUUUGGUCCGGAGGACACGACGUCCACAGUUUCCAAAAACAAUUUGAAAUUUGGACUCGUCAGACCACAGAACACCCUUCCACUUUGCAUCAGUCCAUCCUAGAUGAGCUCGGGCCCAGUGAACCCGGCGGCGUUUCUGGGUGUUGUUGAUGAAUGGCUUUGGCUUUCAUUGUAGAGUUUUAACUUGCACUUACAGAUGUGGCGACCAACUGUAGUUACUGUGAGUGGUUUUCUGAAGUGUUCCUGAGCCCAUGUGGUGAUAUCCUUUACACACUGAUGUCGCUUUUUCGAUGCAGUUCCGCCUGAAGGAUCGAAGGUCCGUAAUAUCAUCGCUUACGUGCAGUGAUUACUCCAGAUUCUCUGAACCUUUUGAUGAUAUUACGGACCGUAGAUGUUGAAAUCCCUAAAUUCCUUGCAAUAGCUGGUUGAGAAAAGUUGUUCUUAAACUGUUGGACAAUUUGCUCACGCAUUUGUUGACAAAGUGGUGACUCUCGCCCCAUCUUUGUUUGUGAAUGACUGAGCACUUCAUGGAAGCUGUUUUUAUACCCAAUCAUGGCACCCACCUGUUCCCAAUUAGCCUGUUGACCCGUGGGAUGUUCCAAAUAAGUGUUUGAUGAGCAUUCCUCAACUUUCCCAAUCUUUUUUGCUGCUUUUUUUAAACAUGUUGCAGGCAUCAAAUUCCAAAUGAGCUAAUAUUUGCAAAAAAAUAACACAUUUUUCCAGUUCGAACGUUAAGUAUCUUGUCUUUGCAGUCCAUUCAAUUGAAUAUAAGUUGAAAAGGAUUUGCAAAUCAUCGUAUUCUGUUUUUAUUUACCAUUUACACAACGUGCCAACUUCACUGGUUUUGGGGUUUGUGAAAUAAACUGAGCAUUGUGCUUAUCUUUGGAU